AUGGAUGUAAAACAGCAACAGCAACAACAACAGCAACAAAAACCUAGACCUAUAUAUAAAAAUGCAUUUGUUACUAUAGCUUUAUUUGUAAUGUCAAUAGCAACGAUAUUGAUGAUUAUGUUACCUAUAGAGAUAUUACAGAUAUUCAAUCCAUCUUUGGCAUUUACAUUGAAUACUAUCAUUGCUUCACAGUGGUACAGAUUCAUGUUAUUCAUCUUUCAAGUGGUCAAUCAAAUCAAUGUAAACAUAACAGGUGAAAAGGAAUUACCACAAGGAGAGUGUGCAUUGAUCAUGGUCAAUCAUCCAUCCGAGGUGGAUUGGCUCUUCCUUUGGUUUCUUGCAAUCAAACAAAAGGCUCUAAGUAAAAUUAAAUUUAUCUUAAAGAAUGAAAUAAGAUUUGUUCCAUUGGUUGGAUGGGGAUGCGAUAAUAUAGAGUAUAUUUAUUUGACACGUGACUGGGAGUAUGAUGAAGCACACCUACGUUAUAAACUCACUAAAAUGAGAGAUGUUUACCAAACUAAACCAUGGGUAACAAUCUUCCCAGAGGGUACCGAUAUAGAUAAAACAAAAUUGGAAAAGAGUUGGGCUUACGCAGAAAAGAAUGGUUUCCCAAAGUUUAAUAAUGUAUUAUUGCCAAGAACAAAGGGUGUUCAGGCAUGUUUGGAUGUAUAUAGAGAUACAUUUGAUGCAGUUUAUGAUGUUACAAUGUCAUAUGAUUGUGGUAAACCAACUAUUCCUUCACUUCUUCUCUCCAAGAAUCCAAAUAUAGUAAAUAUUAAUGUUGGUCGUAUUCCAAUCUCUCAAGUACCAAAGACAGAGGAUAAAUUACAACCAUGGUUAUUCAAAAUCUAUCAAGAAAAGGAUAAACUUUUACAAUACCAAAAGGAUAAUGGAAAAUAUCCUUUUAAUUCAAUCGCCAAUCAAGAAGAUCAUAGUAUUUAUUUGGCAGGAUUAGUAUGGUCGAUUGGUAUUUUGUUUACAAUUUAUAAUCUUUUUACAUCGAGCACCCUUAGAUGGUAUGCAUUGGUAUCGAUGAUAUUCUAUGCAGUUAGUGCAAGCUCAAACAAACUUCGUGAAAUGCGUGGUCUCAAUAGACCAGGUGCAGUAUAUUCUACAUCCUCAAAGAAACAACAAUAA